AUGAAAUAUACGCCACUGAAAAUGGACUCUAUUAGAAGCUCACAAAUUACUAGAGCCAUACAACGCAUAUCAGAGUCUGUGUUUGUGGGACUGUGUCGUAAAUUGGGUACCUCACGACUGGUGGCCAUGAGAAGAGAUGUGAUGGACAUCAGGGAUAUGGUGGUAAAUCAUCAAGUGAGAACUAGUGAUGAGUACGAUAGGAUGCUAAGUGGAAGUUACAGAGAAGGACUCAGACUGAAAGGAUCAGAUAUAGACGAAAUGUUCUGGCCAAAUAAUAUCCGUGUGAUAUGGGACUUAUCUCAGUCUCAGUAUUACAACACACACAGACGCAAACUGAUCCUCUCUGACUAUUCUGAUAGUCCACCAGGAUUUACUUUGUUAUGUUUUCUCUCGUCAAGUACUGACAUAUGCAACGGAAUAAUGUGUGUUAGAAUGAAUAACAGAUGUUAUGUAUCUAGUUCAAAAUUCAGACAGAUCUGUUUAUCUGAGUCAUCACUACCUUGUGUCUCCACUCCACAUGGACCUUGUGUCAGUGGAACAUUUGGAACACAUGAUUAUGAUCAUGCCCCCUGUUUUGUCAGUGACUUUUGGCCUCCCUCUGCCUUCCCAUGGAUAGACAGAUGUCACUCAUGGCCCCAGCCUCAUGUUGUUGAUAAUAUAGUGAAAAAUGGAUGUCACUUUGUAGCAAUUGGACAUAGGCUAGGAAAUCAUGAAGAUCAUGAAUGGAGAAUUUCUUUCUCCCGAGCAGAACAAAAACUUGUGUAUGUAAUGAAUCACUGCAACAACAUGUUUCUGAGUAAAAUUCAUGGUGUCAAACAGCAGCAAUUAUUUAAAAGACUGUCUGAGUUGUAUGAAAAGGGUUUAGCAUUCCUGCUACAUAGUCCCUCCAUUAGGUCUUGUAUUAUAGAUGUCCUCUAUAACCCAAGAAACCCCAUUUCUAUAGAUGAUCAUACUCUUAUUUCUGAAGUUGAGUUUGAUAGAAAUCUAUUUGUUGAAAUACUACGGCUUUACAUAGUAGAAGGCAAAUUGGACAUACAAAUCUGCACUAGAUAUCUACAUACAAUAGAACAGAUGAUAGGUUCACCCCUCCUGACACAGUAUCAAGUCGUCAAGCUACAGAUCAUCACCGCUAGGAUCCUUAAGAACACUGCUUUUAUAUUACACAUGGAAACUUACACACCUGACAACAAACUGAGAUAUAGAGCUGACAAAAUCUCCUGUCACAUGCUGAAAUUAACAGCCAGGUUUGGUUGUAUCGCAGACAUGCUGUACAUUGCCAUGUAUUAUAACAAGACACUCAGAUACAUGGAAGCUUUAUCUAUUAUACAGAUGGUCAAGGUCAAUUUAGCACAGCCUAAUGUGAUGCAUGUGGAUAAUGCAGAGAUGUAUACUGAGGCUGUAGGGGGACAGUCCUGGUCUACAAAAAUGAGACAAACUAAAGCAGGGGUUAUCACACUUUACAGUAAAAUCCAUUACAUCAGUGAACUGAUACCAGAACAACAGUCUGCUCUUCAUAGACACAAAUCUUUAUUAUUUGUACCACCCUUGGUACUGUUAUAUAUGCUAGAGAUUUUGUGCUACAGACAUGUCGACACAAUGAGAGUUCAAACAGCUCUAGAUGAUCUACAGACCCUAGUUCACUAUGAUCAGGGACAGAUUAUAUCUUUUCUUCCCAGAGACAUAUCAUGGCAGAUUCUGGGGAUCUGUCAACAGGUGACAGGGAACCUUCAGGCUGCUCUAUACUCAUACCAACAAUCUCUCAGACAAGAACCAUUCAACAACAUACAAGCAGCUACAGAAAUGAGAAUACAGAGAAUUUCGCAGCACAGUUAA